ACAACAAAUACUUGCAGGAAAGGAUAGAGAGGCUUAGAUUGAGAAAGAAUUGAAAGAGUAAAAUAAAUAACUUUCAACUCAUACUAAGCUCAAUAACAAUGGCCAUCAGUAACUCCAUGGCUUAACUUUUUCCUCAAAGAAAACCCUGUUUUCCCCUUUUUCUUCAAUACUACCCAUUUGGCCAUUUCUAACUUCACUAACAAAUUUCAACUCAUUAACUCAAAAACAAUGACAAUCCAAAAACCUACAAAAUAAACCUUAUUCUCAAUUGAAAUCUCAUAUAUAUCACCUCAUAUUCUCCAAAUAUAUCAAUUUUUUUGAUUAAAAUCCCCUGUUUUUGAUUACUACCCAUUUCUUGAUUCACUUACAAAUUUCAACUCAUUAGCUCAAAAACAAUGACCAUUCAAAAACCCACAAAUUAAACCUUAUAUAUCACCUCAUAUUUUCCAAAAAAAAAAAAAAUCAAUUUUUUUAAUUAAAAUUCCCUGUUUUUGAAUUCUACCCAUUUCUAGCUUCACUUACAAAUUUCAAUUCAUUAGCUAAAAUACAAUGAGAAUCCAAAAACCCACAAAUUAAAUCCAAAAAAAUCAAAUCUUUUUGUCUAAAACCCUCUAUUUUUUCCAUUUUCGCCGGCAAAAAUGUACCCACCACCGGAAAACCUACCACCAUUAUCAAAAAAGCCAAGGAAGGAAAUUCAGAUUCAAGGUCAAAGGCCAAGCCCAAUUAAAAUGAACAUAGAUUCACACAAAAUCAAAAAACCCCCAACUGCACCAAAAAACCCUAAUCAACCUCAAUUUCAACCAACAAAUAAUCAACCCAUCAUAAUCUACUCAGUUUCCCCCAAACCCAUCAUCGUAGAUGCAUCAAAUUUCCGUUCAAUUGUUCAACACCUCACUGGAAGAGAUUCAACAGCAUCGGAAUCAAGUUUUGCCAGCGAAGUUCCUGUAUCUCCUGCCGCAAUAUUUGCGUCAAUUGAAAGAACAAGUCCAGGAGCUAGAGAAAGAAGAGAGAAAGGAUUAAAUCCUGAUGAUAUUCUUGAUAUGAUGAAGAUCAGAGCGGAAGAAGCAGAAAACAAAAUUGAAGAAAUUGAUGGGUUUUUUGAUUUGGGUCAAAUUCCAGGAAUUUUGUCACCAGCACCAGCAAAUUUGCCGAUGAUUUCUUCCACAAUGUUUUCACCAGCAAAUGAAAAUCAAUUAGGGUUUGGAUUUGAGGGAGGAAUGAAUGAUUUGAAUCCAUUUUUGAGUAAUACAAGCUUUUUGCCAAGUCCUUCGGCUUUGUUUUUAAAUGCUCCUCUUGUUUCUCCUUCACCUUCUUCUCCAUUUGGUGAUCUUUUCAACAUAUUUGACUUUUGAUUUUUUUUUUUUGGGGGGGGGGGGGGGGGGUGGGGGGGGGGCGGGGUGGGGGUGGAGGUUGGGUGAGUUUGUAAUUUUGGCUUUUUUGGGGGGUAAUUUUGGCUUUUUUGGGUUAUUGGUUUAUAAGUUUUUUUGGUGGGAGGUUGAAAUUUGUAUGUGGGUGGGUUGGGUGGUAGUGUAAAUUAGUGGUACAUGAGAAAUUGAGUAGGGUAAAACAAUGGCCCACAAAUUUAUUUAAGAAAUUUAUUUCACUUUUUGGAGUUAGAUUAGUAUUACUAUUUAUUUUCGAAAUUUCUGUUGAUAGUGAUAUUUUUUUUAUAGCUUAUUUAAUAAAAAAAAAGUAUAGUUUACAAAAAUUUGUAUAUUUAUGUGUAAUUUGUACUCUUAAUAUAUAGAAAGGUCAUUCAAAAUUUUUAAAA